CUUCAAACAGGAGCGUUCCCAGAUUCUCGAACCUUUUCUGUUUAUUCACCUUAUUAUGUUUUAAAUGAUCUCAGAGAUGGAAGCUAACUACAAUGAAGAGCUAAAUGCUACCAAAGAGCUGCUAAAAGGCCUUAGCAUCCACCAGGAGACAACACAUGAAGCAGAGGAGGAGAAACAGUACAGACCUUCUAUCUCAGGUUAUUCGUUUUCAUUCAGAUAGCUUUGAAUUAUACGCUUGCAUUUUGCUAAUAAUUAUUUGAAAUAAUAACGAUGGCUAAUUUUUCAGGCGAUCUAAGCUUAUGAAUUGCUUGUAUUCAAUAUCCCUCAGGGGGGAGGGGGCAUAACGAGCUAAUGGUGAGGAUCUUUCCAAAAAUUAGAUAUUUUAGAUGACAAAAAAUCUUCGAACGAAAUUAGAGGUUAAGUAGAGCCGUCACCAGUCUAGAUUUCAGCAGAACCUCCAUGAAAGAAACCCCGUUUUCAAAGCCUCAUUUUAAAAAGUAAACACUUUUUAGCACGUGCACAAAGUGACACAACAAAACCGUGUUCUUACCCAAAUCCACCAUUUCAUAUUUAUAAACAUCUUCUGUUUUUCAGAUCACUCAGAUGAUAAUGAGGAGGACAAGUUACGGUACAACCGUUUUAUCCAAAAAGGCAAAGAGUUAGGAAGACAGGGACACCUUGAACGAGCUCUUCAGUUGUUUGAGAAAGCUUGUGCAAUAUUUGAAUCUGAAAAGCUUCUCAGAAGGAUUGAAAAAAUCAAGGUUAAGUUUCAUAUGAUAUGAGGCCUUUCAAAAAAGGUUUCUUGUUUGAGAGUUCUUUUUUUUUGCGGGUACAGAGUUUACCACAGAUCUUUUGUCUGCACUGUCUUGUUUAGAGUUGAUUGGUAGAUGUCACAGUGUACCAGAAGUUGUUGUAGUCUUCAGAUCAAUGUCAUUAUCUGAGCAACUGAACACCUACCCCUCCCCUAACCCAACAUAGAUCCUAACCUGUCAUCAGUUAACUAUUGUUGGGUCAGGGGAGGGGUAGGUGCAUACUGACAUUGAACCAGUUCUUUUACAGUAGCUGUUUGUUUUUUCAAAAUGUCUGUUUGUUGAAAAAAACUUCUGAACAUUUGUGACUUAGGAAGCUAUAGAAAGGUAUAAACAGGAAGAAGAUGAAGAAGAUGAAGAGGAUGAUGGAAUGUGUGAAGUAGGUGAUGGCUUUUCUUUACCAGCUGAGAUUUACCAAUCUUUGUAUCCAUAUCAACUGGAUGGUGUCCACUGGUUCUGGAAUCUUUACCAGAAAGGCAUGGGAGGCAUUCUUGGUGAUGAUAUGGGGUAAGCACAUCAUGAUCAUUUAGCUCCCAAUAUUUGAAUAGUUAUUCUCUCUUGUAGCUCCUACAUAUUCCCUUGCAAAUUAGUUCAGAGAAGUUAGUGUUAUAUCAAGACCACUACCGUCAGCCAAUAACAUCAUCUGUUCUCAUUACCUGUUUGAUGGAUGAUGCGAUGAAAUUGUUAGAAAAAGUUGCAAGUUAAUCCCUUCUGCAAGUUCCAGGAUAAAUGUAUAAACUGUGUUUCGAGGCUGCUAUUAUUAUCACAUGAAAUGAAAAUAGAAAAUGUAAUCUGAAACUAAGGACAAUUAUCUUGAAUUAAUAUAAUUUAAAGGUCAUUAACCCUCCACACCCUAACAUCAGUAUGCAUAUUCUCCAUACUGUUCUCUAUACUUUUCCUAAGGUGCUGACAAAGAGAAUUUAACAAGAGAGUUUAACAAUCAAGAGCCUCUUUAGCUGGUGAUCAUUCCCUUCAUUCUCCUGACCUUAAUGUGUGAUUCAGGGGUGAUAAUGUAAGGAGAAAUUAGUUAAUGUUAGUCACUCUUAGGGCUCAAAGGGUUAAGCAUUAUCAGUAAGAGAUGAUAGAUCUUGGUAUUCAUUUUAAUUUGCAGACUGGGAAAGACAAUCCAAGUGAUAUCAUUCAUUGCUGGGAUGUUUGAUGCAGAGCUUAUCAAAAAAGUGUUGAUUGUAAUGCCAGUGUCAGUGAUGCCGAACUGGGAAAAGGAGUUCAGCAAAUGGUAGGGAAGAAGAGUUAUUGUAUUACUCAUUAUCUUAUGAACUCAUACACCCUAACAUCAGUAUGCAUAAUCUCCAUACUGUUCUCUAUACAUUUUCCAUGGCACUAAAAUGAGAAUUUGAAUAGUUUAAUAUUAAAGAGCUUCAUUUCCUUUAUUCUCAUGACCUUUAUGGUUGAUUCAGGGGUGAUACUGUUGUGAGAAACUGGAUGCUAGUCACUCUUAAGAAGUUAUCCCUUCAACUCCCGAGAUCUGAUUCUUAAUUCUCCUCUCUGGCUGCUACACAUUUACUUGUAGAAUAGUUACAAGAGUUUGGUGUUAGAUCAAGAUAAAACCUUCUACCUGAUAAGUUUGAGUAUUCUCAUUACCUGUUUGCUGGAUAAUGUAUGGAUAUCAUAGAGAGAAGUUACACAUUAUUCACCUCUGAAAAUUAAAGGGUUAAAGCAUUGGGGAAAUUCAAUCAAUAAUAUCAAUGCUAGUCGUGAUCAGAUUUCCAAACCUUAUGGUAUUUCAAGAACUUAGAUGUUACAGGAUGAGGUCAUAUCCCCAAGUGAUGGCAAACAAAGCAGUUUUUUCCACACAGAGGCAAAUUUCAUUGGUUUUACAAAUUAAUCUGAGGAUAAAAUUAUUUAUGGUUGGGUAUUUAAGAUUGUUGUGUCUACUUUUUGAGGUGAUUUGGUUGUAGUGAGUUAUAUAUGUUUUUUCCAAAAAGGGCCCCUGGAAUUCGUGUUAGAGCCUUUCAUGGGACAAAUAAGAAGGAACGCAUGCGAAACCUGGAAAAAAUACAAAGAAGAAAUGGAGUUUGCUUGACUACCUAUGGUUUGUUAUUUUGGUUUAAGUUUUGAUACUAGCCAGUCAUUGACUGUUUUUUGAGGAAAUCUAAGAGCUUCAAUGAUAAAAUAGAUGUAUCUCAAUAUUGCAGCAUGUUCCUGGCUCAUUGCAAAUGUGGAAAAAAUGGGGAAAAAGGGUGAGAGGGGACGGAAAAAACAGCAGGGAACUGGGAAAAUUUACAAACGCUCAUGGAACCCAAUGAACUCUCCGUUUGAGGCUUUUGAUUUACGUUUAGAAAGUAAUAAAGAGGAAAAGAAAAUACAAGAAUGGAAGAAGUCAUUAAUUUACCUGAUUUAAGGUUUAGAGGGAGAUUUUCAUAACCAUCUCAAGGACAUUUCACCUCCAAUUUCACAAUGACUCUUUUUGGCCACAGGUUUAAUUGUAUCCAGCCAUGAAUCUUUGGGGGCCUUAACAUGGGUAAGUGACAAACCCUCUAUUUCCGAAAAAACCUUUUCUUUAAAAUGCUUAAUUUAUUAAUUUGAGAAUUUUAAUCGCCACCCCCCCAUCCAACUAUCUGCUUUUUGCGGAGUCUGUGUUGUUUGUUUCGUUUUUAGAAGAAGCCCCUGUGAUCGUGGUGAAAGAUAUUCAAAUUUUUAGUCUCAUUAACCCUGAAAAAAUUUACAUUUCAUGAUAAAAUAAGUACUGUUUGCGUGUAAUCACUUUCCCUUUCCUUUUUUCUAGGAUUACAUCAUUUUGGACGAAGGACAUAAAAUCAAAAACACGGCAACGAAGACAGCAAAGAAUCUUCGAUUGAUCCCUGCGAAACAUCAUUUUAUUCUAACAGGGACACCAGUACAAAACAACUUGAGGGUUAGUCGAUACAUUUGAAAUUCAAAAUAUUUCGGAAAAUCUUUUCAGUAUGAUUAUUGUUUUUUGUUUUUGUUUUUUUUUUGUUUUUUUUGCGACUCUCGAACACAGAAACGUGACAAAGAAUCAAACAGAAAACAGGAAAACAGCGCGCGAGACACUAACGUACAAACAAUCAAACAGGACACAGAGAAAACAUUGCGCGAGACACUAACGUAACAAACAAUCAAACAGAAGACAGGAAAACGGCGCGCGAGACACUAACGUAACAAACAAUCAAACAGAAUACAGAGAAAACAGUGCACGAGACACUAACGUAACAAACAAUCAAACAGAAAACAGAGAAAACAGCGCGCGAGACACUAACGUAACAAACAAUUAAACAGGACACAGAGAAAACAUUGCGCGAGACACUAACGUAACAAACAAUCAAACAGAACACAGGAAAACAGCGCGCGAGACACUAACGUAACAAACAAUCAAACAGAACUCAGAGAAAACAUUGCGCGAGACACCAACGUAACAGACAAUCAAACAGAACACAGGAAAACAGCGCGCGAGACACUAACGUAACAAACAAUCAAACAGAACUCAGAGAAAACAUUGCGCGAGACACCAACGUAACAGACUAUCAAACAGAACACAGAGAAAACAUUGCGCGAGACACUAACGUAACAAACAAUCAAACAGAACACAGAGAAAACAGUGCGCGAGACACGAACGUAACAAACAAUCAAACAGAACACAGGAAAACAGUGCGCGAGACACCAACGUAACAAACAAUCAAACAGAACUCAGAGAAAACAUUGCGCGAGACACCAACGUAACAGACAAUCAAACAGAACACAGAGAAAACAGUGCGCGAGACACCAACGUAACAAACAAUCAAACAGAACACAGAGAAAACAUUGCGCGAGACACCAACGUAACAGACAAUUAAACAGAACACAGAGAAAAUAGUGCGCGAGACACUAACGUAACAAACAAUCAAACAGAACACAGAGGUAACAGUGCGCGAGACACCAACGUAACAGACAAUCAAACAGAACACAGAGGAAACAGUGCGCGAGACACUAACGUAACAGACAAUCAAACAGAACACAGAGAAAACAGUGCGCGAGACACCAACGUAACAAACAAUCAAACAGAACACAGAGAAAACAGUGCGCGAGAGACCAACGUAACAAACAAUCAAACAGAACACAGAGAAAACAUUGCGCGAGAAACCAACGUAGUAACAAACAGUUAAACAAAACACAGGAGAAACAGUGCGCGAGACACCAACGUAACAAACAAUCAAACAGAACACAGAGAAAACAUUGCGCGAGACACUAACGUAACAGACAAUUAAACAGAACACAGAGAAAAUAGUGCGCGAGACACUAACGUUACAAACAAUCAAACAGAACACAGAGGAAACAGUGCGCGAGACACCAACGUAACAGACACUAACGUAACAAAUAAUCAAACAGAACACAGAGGAAACAGUGCGCGAGACACUAACGUAACAAACAAUCAAACAGAAAUCAGAGAAAACAUUGCGCGAGACACCAACGUAACAGACAAUCAAACAGAACACAAAGAAAACAGUGCGCGAGACACCAACGUAACAAACAAUCAAACAGAACACAGAGAAAACAGUGCGCGAGACACUAACGUAACAGACAACCAAACAGAACACAGAGAAAACAUUGCGCGAGACACCAACGUAGUAACAAACAGUUAAACAAAACACAGGAAAAACAGUGCGCGAGACACUAACGUAACAAACAAUCAAACAGAACUCAGAGAAAACACUGCGCGAGACACUAACGUAACAAACAAUCAAACAGAACACAGAGAAAACAGUGCGCGAGACACUAACGUAACAAACAAUCAAACAGAACUCAGAGAAAACAUUGCGCGAGACACCAACGUAACAGACAAUCAAACAGAACACAGAGAAAACAGUGCGCGAGACACCAACGUAACAAACAAUCAAACAGAACACAGAGAAAACAUUGCGCGAGACACCAACGUAACAGACAAUUAAACAGAACACAGAGAAAAUAGUGCGUGAGACACUAACGUAACAGACAAUCAAACAGAACACAGAGAAAACAGUGCGCGAGACACCAACGUAACAAACAAUCAAACAGAACACAGGGAAAACAGUGCGCGAGACACCAACGUAACAAACAAUCAAACAGAACACAGAGAAAACAGUGCGCGAGACACUAACGUAACAGACAAUCAAACAGAACACAGAGAAAACAUUGCGCGAGACACCAACGUAGUAACAAACAGUGAAACAAAACACAGGAAAAACAGUGCGCGAGACACUAACGUAACAAAAAGGAAACAGAUACUCAUGCAACAAAGAGCCAAUCAGCGCGCGAGAAGCUUAAAAAAUCAACAAUCACGAGUCCACAAAGUUUUAUUAUUACAUUCACAGGAGAUGUGGGCCUUGUUUGACUUUGCAUGUGAAGGGAAGCUACUGGGAACAUCACGAACCUUUAAGAAAGAAUACGAAGACCCAAUCGUGCGGGUUAGUUUACAGAGUUUUCAAGCUGUUAAAUGCCAUGAGUAGAUUUUCAUGGGGUGAAUCCUUUUGAUACGCAGUAAUCGCAAGGAUGUCAAGUUUUUGAAUUGCGCUGAUUUCAGGCGAGAGAAAGAGAUGCUACAACGUAUGAAAAACGCAUGGGGAUGGAGAUGUCAGAAAGUCUUCGUAAACUUAUUGAGCCAUAUUUUCUGCGGCGAACCAAAGCAAUGGUUCUAGAGAAGAAAAACAAAAAUCCCGAUGAAGUUGAUGGAUCAGAGGAAUCGGAUAAGGAAAAUAAAGAAGGAAGUAUCAGAAGGUAAUACAAUCAUAGGUGAAUGAGAAAGUGAUGGCAAAGCCGUCAUGGAUGGUCAAAAGGACGGCUCAGGCGAUUGGUUAAGUCGAUAAAGGGAACAUCCACUUCCAACUCCGUUACUCUGGAACCACAGGCCGACCACCUCCAUCGGGUGAUCUGCUGUGGUGCCAACUGAUUUCCACCCAUCACCGGGUCGCGCCUUUUAACAAUUUACUUUUUACUUACUCCAUGUAUUUUUGUGUUUGCAGUCUCCCCAGUCAAUACAGAGCUAAUAAAUGCCUCUAAAUUUCUGAUAAAUUUUAGCGUCUGUGCAACUACGCACCCACCCCUCCCCUAACCCAACAACAGUCACCUGAUGACAAGUUAGGGUUAAUUUUGGGUUAAGGUUAGGUUAUUCAUUUAGGCCUGGGAGCCGGGGUCUGGGGACGAGGGUACUUCAAUUCACCACCAGCCGCGUGGAGAACUACUCUUAGAGGCUUUCUGAAAUAAACUCUGUCACUGAAAGUGAUCAUUGCUUUAUCUGUGUUCUCUUUAAUUUAUAGAAUGCCUAAGGAGUUAACCAGGAAAAACGACUUUGUUGUCUGGCUCUACAUGUCCGAAAGUCAAAUCAAAAUCUACAGUGACUUUUUAGGACUGGAAAGAGUGAAAGAGGUAUGCAUUUCAGAUAUAUGAUGGUUAAAAGAAUUAUCUGCCAAGGUUUCCAGUAAGAUAAUUACUAGUAAAAAAAUCUCUCAUCACCUAGUCAAUUAAGCGCUAAAUUAUCCAUAAAAUUAGCAAAAAUUUGACAAUAACGACCUCGACCUGAAGUCGGAAAAACGUAAACCAAAUACAGAAAAAUUGGCAUAAAGCGGAACGAAUGAACAAAGUAAGAUAAUUGAAAUAGUUUCCAUUCGUGUAAAAUUAAACAUUUUUCAGGUUUAAUUUAAUUUUUGCAAAAUGUCAUACUGGUCAGAGAUCACUUUUUUCUUGAAAGUUAACGAAAAUGACUAACAUUGCCGAGCUGAUACUGCUGUUACAUACACUGUUUAACUCGUCAAACAGCUUGAUUUUAUUUUUGAAUAAACGAUAUGAAGGGAGAUUGUGUAUUGGUAUUAUAUUUUUAGCUGUUAAUGAGCACUCGUUCCCCAUUGGCUGAGUUGAAUGUGCUGAAGAAGAUCUGUGAUCAUCCUCGACUGUUAUCUACUCUGGCUUGUGAGCAGCUCGGCUUGGAUGAACAGGCCAGGUUUGUUCUCCAAUUUUAAAGUAACUUAUUACCGCUGUUAAAAAAAGUCCCUAUAUGUACAGUGAAAAAGGGCUUCUGCAAAUCGAGCUGGCCUCAUGUAAAAGUCGUUCACUCUCCCAAAACAAAAACUUGAAAAACAAAGUGGUAGAGAAGGAGUUGAGUGUAACAGUCAACAACAGACAGUUACAUACGAAAAGAAAACUACCAAAAAGACGCUUGUUUUCAUAGAUGUUGCAAGACAUUUUGUGAAACAAGACUGAUGCAUGUUUGUGAAAAUAUCGUUAUGCGUAGUACCCAGUGCAGUUUUUUUUUUCUCCCAGUUCCCAGGAGGUGGGCGCGCAAUGAAGUUAACUUUUAAUGAAGGCUUUGAAAGCUUGUGCAUUAAAAAAUGUUUACCUAUCUUCGUACACCGACUUCACUGCGCAAACGUCAAAUUUGUUUUACUCUAUGAAUUACACUCAAGCUUUACAUUUCAGACUGGUGGAAAUGGACGCUGAUGAAGACGAUUCCAGAUCAUUUGCCACUCAACCAAAAGGCCUGGGGCCCUCAGACAAGGUGCUGACACAGGAGUCAGGGAAAAUGGUGUUCUUGGUGUCCCUGUUGGACAAUCUCAAGGCUGAAGGCCACAGGUGUCUGGUGUUCAGUCAAUCAAGAAAGAUGCUGGACAUUGUUCAACGGGUUAUUACUCAUAGGGUAGGUCGGGAAAAUUGCUGUGCAUGUUUUCUUUAGUUUAGUUUUUCUUGAACCAAGGUGUGGCUACUCAAGUUAGAAAAAAACGGGGAUACAUAGUAUAUUCAAGGUAUUUUACAUCUUGUUUUUUUGCUUUCAGUUUCAAUUUCAUUUUGCUUUAAUAAGGGGACACGUAAACCAAAUUUGACGUUGGCGAACUAGCUCAGUCUUUCUUAAUUCUACCUGUUCCUGUUAAAGUUAAAUGAACUCUGCUGAUGUUUUUUCUAUCUUGGCUGUCAAUCGCUCUUUUAGGUUUUUUUUAAAGUUAAAAACGUUAUGGAUUUGCUGUAGGAUCAAAGUGUAGAAACCCCUUUCAUACAAUCACCAUCGGUCCGUACAGAGUUUAUUGCAUGAGGCAACUUGGACGAAUACGACUACAAAAUCUAUAUUUUCCCAGCUGGGAAAAACGCGGGAACCCUCAACAUUUUGGUUCAUAUUUCGCUGACGAUAAUUUGGCAAACUGUGUUUAUUAUUAAGGCUAUAAUAAAGCUUUACGAGCGUCCUAAAUAUUUCCCUGAAAAUUGAAAUUCAAUUGCACUUGUAGUCAAACUUGUCCCUAAGGUCUGGGUACUUAAAAUAAGUCUUAAUUACAUAUGCGGUCCCAGUUACAAACUGUUACUAACAUUGAAGUAUUUUAUCCUCAGGGACACAAGGUUAUUCGUAUCGACGGCACGAUAACAAGUACAGCUGAACGGCAGCAUCUUAUCAACACAUUCCAGACUGAUUCGUCUUACACAUGCUUCCUUCUCACAACACAGGUCUGUGGAGUAUGCUCAGAUUUCAGAUACCUGCAUCAGUAUUCGGACGGAGACACCAAUCCGGGAUACUUGUGUCCGUUUUUGGACACUUCUGGUCAAUUUUAAACACUACUGUCCGAUUUAAAAUACUAGUGUCCGAUUUUAGACACAAAUAUCCCAUUUUAGACGCUAGUGUCAGAUUUCAAGCACUUGUGUCCGAUUUUAGAAACAUUUAGAUAGAAGUGUCUAAUUCUGGACUCUGGUGCCCGAUUUUGAAGAAUGGCUUCCGAUUUUGGACAGUAGUGUCCGCUUUUAGACUCCAGUGUCCAAGUUUAGACAUAAGUGUCCGAUUUAGACGCUAGUAUCCGAUUUUAGACACUAGUGUCCGAUUUUAGAUGUUAGUGUCUUAUUUUGGACAUAAGUAUGCAAUUAUGAACACUAGUGUCUGAUGUUAGACUCCAGUGUUCGAUUUUGGACGCUAGAAUCCGAAUUUGGACACAAUUUUCCAAUUGGGUCGCAAAGCUUCGUCGGGGUCAAAUGUACUAACGCUUGAAAGGUCUGCUUUUUAAACUUCUACUGAUCAACUUUUAUUUAUAACCUAAAAUAUUUGAAAUAUUUCAACUGCUCCUUUUCUGCAGGUCGGUGGCGUUGGAAUAACACUGACCUCUGCCGAUCGUGUGGUUAUCUGUGAGUAUUCGACGUUUGUACCAAGACUUCAAAGUGAUUCCGAAUCGAUUAUCCGCCAAAUAGUUCGGUGUAAAAAUGUUUAGAUGUAGCGUUAAACAUUAGACCUUGGUAUGAUUAUCUAGGGAAUGAACUAUUGAACAGAUCCAGAUCUGACAUUUUGAAAUUCAGCGUAAGACAGAGGAAUCAACCCCCACAAACUCUGGUGUCUACUUCUCGGACUCGCUUUGAUAUUGUUGUUUCACGCCAAAUUUUUAAAUCUUCAAAUUAGACACACGGUAUUUCAAAACAAAUCCGUUCAAACAUGGCGCAUUAUUGACAAAUAAUUCUUGUUUCCUCAGUUGACCCGAGCUGGAAUCCCGCCUCAGAUGCCCAAGCCGUAGACAGGUACAAUACUAGGAAGGUUUUUUUCGGGGGGAAGGUUUUUCUUUAGGGAAGGGGAUGUGGGGGGGGGGGUAAAGUGCGAUUUAUCGAGGGAAUGAGCCGAUUAGUUUAGACAUAUUUCCACCUCAGGGAGGUGUCUGUUUGAGAGGGCGAAUGAUCAAGGAGUUACUGUUGUGACGGGAAUUGCGUUAUUUUUGAACCAGGGGAAAUUGAUUUAUUCCGUUGUACAAACGCAUUGUAAAAAAACCCUGAAAUUCGUCAAGGUAAGGACCUAGUCAAUCACGAACUUUUGAUAAGUUUUCAUGUUCGGUGGAAACUUGUCCCAAGUAGUGUAUAGAUUGUCAAGGUUUAAUGUAACCUAAUGUUGCAGCGCUCAGUGUUUAGGCCAAAAGAAAAGUUAAAAGAUAUGAUCUGGUGUCCUUUUUGUAAACAGAGUUUACAGAAUUGGACAGAAAAAGACUGUUGUCAUUUACCGGCUAAUCACAUGUGGAACACUUGAAGAGAAGAUUUACCGCAAGCAGAUCUUCAAAGAUGCUCUGAUGAAGCAGACCACAGGCUUGUCCAAGAAUCCCUUCAGGUAAAACCAAAGAGAUCGUUUUAUCUUUCGUGGGGAAUUCCAGCUGGUCAUGUGUUUGUUCUACUCGAUUAUUAGUUGACACACUGUUUCGCGCUCUUUUCGAGCUCUGUUUUUUUCUGCGUUCUGUUUGAUUGUUUGUUACGUUAGUAUCUCGUGCAAUGUUCUCUCUGUGUUCUACUUAACUGUUUGUUACGUUAGUCUCGCGCAUUGUUUUGUAUGUGUUCUGUUUGUUUGUUUGUUACGUUAGUAUACAGCGCACUGUUUUCACUGUGUUUGAUUGUAUGUUACAUUAGUGACUUUUCUCUGUGUUCUGUUUGACUGUUUUUCACGUUAGAGUCUCGCGUACUGUUUCGUAUGUGUUCUGUUUUGUUGUUUGUUGCCUUAGUCUUAACGCAUUGUUUAGAAUGUGUUCUGUUUGAUUCUUUGUCGCGUUUGUGUCUCUUUCACUGUUUUAUUUGUGUUCUGUUUGAUUCUUUGUCACGCCAGUGUCUCGCACACUGUUUUGUAUGUGUUCUGUUUGAUUGUUUGUCGCGUUAGUACCUCGCGCACUGUUUUGUAUGUGUUCUGUUUCAUUGUUUGUCACGUUAGUGCCUCGCGCACUGUUUUGUGUGCUCUGUUUGAUCGUUUGUUACGUUAGUGUCUCGCUCACUGUUUCGUAUGUUUUGUUGUUUGUUGCCUUAGUCUUAACGCAUUGUUUAGAAUGUGUUCUGUUUGAUUCUUUGUUGCGUUUGUCUCUUUCACUGUUUUGUAUGUAUUCUGUUUGAUUGUUUGUCGCGUUAGUGUCUCGCGAACUGUUUUGUAUGUGUUCUGUUUCAUUGUUUGUCACGUUAGUGCCUCGCGCACUGUUUUGUGUGCUCUGUUUGAUUGUUUGUUACGUUAGUGUCUCGCGCAUUGUUUUGUAUGUGUUCUGUUUGAUUAUUUGUCACGUUAAUGUCUCGCUCACUGUUUUGUAUGUGUUCUGUUAACUGUUUGUCAAGUUAGUGUCUUGCGCACUGUUUUGUAUGUGUUGUGUUGACUGUUUGUUACGUUAGUGUCUCGCGCACUGUUUUUUAUGUGUUCUGUUGACUGUUUGUCAAGUUAUUGUCUCGCGCACUGUUUUGUAUGUGGUCUGUUGACUGUUUGUUACGUUAGUGUCUCGCGCACUGUUUUGUAUGUGUUCUGUUUGAUUGUUUGUCACGUAAGUGACUUAUGCACUGGUUUCAUUGUGUUUUGUUUGAUUUUUGAUAUGGACAAUUUCGUACCCCUACCCCAGUGCGACAUUUGAUUUGUUUUUUUCUCGCUAUAGUGGACACUCAAAUUCUUCGUCCACGAUCCUGACUCACAUAAUAUAAAUCGACAUUACGAUAAAGGAAAGUAAAGAAACCAUUCUUGAAUAGGGUGCGGUCGGAUCUUUUUAUGUUUCGUGAGGCCACCUUAGAAACUUUAUCUUUUUGUAGUUACAUAUUAUUUCGUAUGUUUAGAGACAAAUCAAUUAAUUUUUCUCUCGUACCCCCGCUAUUACGGACUCUCGCUAUUACGGCUAAAUCAUCUUCUUCCCCCCCCCCCCUCUUCUGCGGGUUUCCGCAAUAACGGGAGUUGACUGUAUUAUUUUGCAUCGUUUAAGAUCAGAACCAUUACAUUGCCUGUACUGGGUGACAAAGCAGGGCAAGAACCAAACUAUAAUUUAUAGUUUGAAUUGGUUUUUCACUUGUUUCGCUCUUACUGAGCCCUCAGGGUCCCGGCUGUCAGUGCCGGCUUGAACAUGACUUUCUCAAUUCCGUUUGUCAUCAUAACUUCUCCAUUCAAGGAGGUUUUGUCAUUUAUUUUAAGUGCUUACUCUGUCUUGAACGAGGGAAAAAGUACCUUAAAUCUAAAAAUGACUUCAUCUUACAGGUAUUUCAGUCACCAAGAGUUACGUGACUUGUUCACACUGGAAGAUCCUCAUCAUUCAAAAACGCAACUACAGCUUGAUCAGAUGCACUCGAAACACAGGAAAACUGACAAUGAACUGGAAAAACACAUCAAGUUUUUACACACCUUAAGUGAGUAACUGAAAGGAAACGAUUCCUCAUAGAUACUAGUUAACUAUUCCACCUUAAAAACGUUUCAUGAAAUUUAGACCGUUUACCGACUCUCUUUAUAAAGAUCUCUCAUUCACUAACAAUACAUGCACGGUGGCAAUUUUGACGGGCAUGAAUUGGGGCAUGUCAAAUCUGUAGCAUCUACUUUGGAGUGUGGGAUCUGGGUUCUUUAGCAAUGGAGGUCGUUUUACGUGAAUUGUCGGGCCAGCUACGUUCCUUGAAUUUGUCUCUUCUGAAUUGUGAACGUCAUUUGCUAUUUUAUCAUUAUUUUUCAAUGUCCUUGAUCUCUUUCUUUGAAAGAAUUGAGAAAUUAUUUAGCCCGUGGAUUAGGGAACAAAUAGUGCCCCAUUUAAGGGGAGUAACAGUUUACUUUCAGCCAUUACCUUCAUUGAAUUUUAAUAAAGUGUUGCCUUUCUACAGACAUAUUCGGUAUUUCUGACCAUGAUCUGAUGUAUUCUCAUGAAGAUGUGGAAACAGCUGAUGAACAUUCAGUACCAGACAGGGAGGCCAUCCAAGCCAGAGUAAGUUAUCCCGCUAUUUAAUCCCGUCAUAUCAAAUACCCGCUUAGUUUCUUCAAUUUAAAGACUUCGACAAAUCCCUUUUUCUUAUACGUUGAGGCUCUUAAUCUCUUUCCCAGCCGUGGUUGGGAUGCCACGCAACGCUUCGGGGGGGGGGGGUGGGAAGGGAAAGCAUAUUACUUAAUGAUAAACCAAACAUAUGGUACGAGGGAGACUACGAAAGCAGAUCUGAUGUUAGAUUUUUCUUCCCUCAAGAAAAAUAUUUUAAAGAAUACAUAGUGUUAUUUUUCUCAGCCUGAAAGUCCCAGAGGGCUCUUCAUAUGUCCCUCCAUUAAUACUUCUGUGCGGAUUUUACUCCUUGGACUGUUUCAUUUUUGCACUUUUUUCAGGUUCUCCGAGCCCAGAAUUUAGUUGCAGCUGAAUCAGGAUUUUCAGGACAAACUCGACCCAGUACCUUAUAUCCCCCAUCGGGGGUCCCCAGUACCUGCCCCCGAAAGAUCCCAGAUAACCAGGAAAGAAUGGUCAUACCCCAGGGACUACGGCAUUCUCUUCCUUCGAGUGAAAAUACCAUGACUGCCCGGCAAAAAAUACAGGCGAAAAUUGACAGUGAGGUGUUCAUUAUACCCAAACGCGACGACACGAAGAGAUUUCAGCCAAGUCAGGUUUGUGAACUAUACUCAAAGUUAUUUGCCUUUAUUAACCGAGUUGAUAAUGUAAAUUGGCCCCCGUCAAUAUUUUCCACAGCUGAUAUUUCGAGUGUUAGCCCCUUCGUCGACUUUAGAAACUCUUUACAGUGGCCAGUUUACAUCAUCAACUCCUGUGAUAAAACCAAAUCAUCUUAUAACAUACCCACUGAUACAGCAUCUUUACAAUCUUAUCCUCUAUACUCGGAGUGGUUUGCAUGUGAUUGUUGUGACAAAAUCGAUCUAUUAGAGCUUUUAAGCCUUAAGCUUAGUCUCUGUUUUCAAAAGGCAAUCAGAAGUUGUGAAAUAUUUUCAUUUUGAAUGAUAUUUGUCGAAUGAUCGAAUGAUGGCUGUUAAAAAAACAUGUGGUGAACCGCACACAUUGCUUCUAAGAUGAUUUUUUAAUAUUUUUCUUUUUGACCGGUUUUAUUCGAUUUGUUUUCAUUUACUUUUGUCUUUAUGCUGUCGAACCUCUCGUUACGGACACCUCUCUUAAAACAGACAUUUUGCUCUCUCCCUUCGGUCCACGGUUUACCCUUGAAGAGAGGCUUGUAAGAGAGAAUUUUGUAAUUUUGUCUUUCACAGUUGCGAUGUAAACUGAAUAGCUGACUUCCUCUUUUCUUCCCACCAGGCUUCAAGAUCAGCACAGAAUUCAUCACCAGUCCUCAUAGAUCUUUGUUCUCCUGCAGCUCCUAAGGAGAGUUCUCCCCCUCCUGAAAUGUAUGCUGGGAGUAUUAUACACAACAGUUUCGUUUGUAUUCAUUUUGUUAAUAGUCAACUGGAAUAUUUCAAUAGUUUGUUUGGGCGUAAUUGUGAAACUUAAACGGUUUUCGGGGAUAAACUUAACGGGACUAAGUCGCUCUACGUGGAACUCGUUUCUUUUAAGAAGAAAGCUGACCUGUAACCGAGGGAAACUUUAAAGUACUUUAAUAGUUCUAUAUUUUAGAUGAUAACCAUAGAGGUAAGAAUAAAUCCAAAAGGUGCAGGUAUUGACUGCUUGGUGAUUUUGAAAUAUCAGUCCGUCAGUGUUACAGCCGUAUUUCCAGAGGGUGCCAUCUUGUCCCCCGCUUGUUAGCUUUACAAAAAAAAGGGCCAAAAUAUGAUUGGUUAAAAAAUUAUGACUUCACGGAAAUCGUUUGGGAUCGCAGGCGUUUUUUCGCGGGCUGGCAGAAGCGUUGAUGGGAAGUACGUCUAUCAUGCUGGUUAUUAAAAUAUAUGAAUUGUGUGAUAUAUUACCUGAUGAAUUAAGUUUCUUUCUGUUAGUAUUAAUGACUCACCUGCUGUGUUGAAGAAGAACAGACGGAAAAGUAUGAGUCAGAGGAUUGAACUUCCGGUGAUCGAUGAUGAUGAUGAUGAUGAGGAUAAGGAUGAUGAAGAGCUUAAGGAACACGAGAGCUCACAAGAUGACAACAACGACAUAGAUGAAGAUCAUGAGGAAUUGGAAGGCUCUGUGCCGAGCCAGUGUCCCUCAGGGGAACAUGUGUGUGAUGCCAUCAAGAUACACAAGUGUGCAUGUGUGAUCAGCUCAUCGGAAAGAGAGAAGUACGACUUGUGUCUCGUCAAUGGAAGGUUUGUGCUGUUUGAUAUGAUUUUUUAUUAUUCUAAAAAUUUGCCGGAGUUAGGUUAUUUUAACUCGGGUAAUAUUCGUGCAACUCGGAUUUAACUCGGGUAAUGUUCGUGCAACUCGGAUUUAACUCUGAUGAUGUUUUUGCAACUCAAUUUAACUCGGGUGACGUUCGUGCUUUUUGUUAGUAGCUUAUUGGAUUACGAUGUGCUAUAAGAAUGAGAAAUGACAGAAAAUCACGAUGCGAAGACUCAAAGGAGACUGGGCGCGCAAUGAUAAUUGGGUAGCUCGCCUCAGUCCUCUUGGUAUUUUUCUUUCAUUUACAGACAACUGGAACUAGAAGGCAAGGUACAGGAGGCUGCUAUGCACUAUAUGGACGCCUUAGAAUUGAUGGACAGUGAUUAUUCUGUACAUGUCAAAGUUCUGGAGUUGGCUGAGCAAAUGAAUUUCCAACCUCCGUUGAUUGAAACAGCAUAGCUUUUGAUGAAGAAUGCUCGAUUACAGUUGGGUUAAUAUAUCGAAACUGGUUAAAAGAGGCAAUAAAGCUAAAUUAUUUAAAAUUUAAUUUUUUUUUUUGGAAAUUUUGAAAUAAAAGGGAAGAAAAAAAGUGAGCAGACUAUUAGAAAUAUAAAUCAGCUAUUCUGAAAGAUGAAUUUGCAUGUGCCGUUAUGCUUCCAUCUCGUGAUUCUUCGUGGUUCCGCAAAUCUGUGUAACUAUUCCCACUGAAAACACGUAAAGGAAAGAAGGAUUGUUUAGCUAUAUUGCCGACCAUGUAAGUUUACGCGAGG